AUGCAUCGCACAUACUCUAUGCGCCAGUCGCGCGUUCCCACUGCCUCGCAGAUUGAGAAUCCCCCGCCGCCAUUGUCAUCCACCAAAUCCAACAGAUGGCUAGGGAAAGGUGGAAUCGGCCAUGCCUUCCGCAAGAAUGCGGCGGGUGCCUUUGGCCCCGAUCUCGCCAAGAAGCUGUCGCAGCUCGUCAAGAUGGAGAAGAAUGUCAUGCGCAGUAUGGAACUGGUCGCUAGAGAGCGCAUGGAGGCUGCGCAACAACUCUCCAUCUGGGGUGAGAACUGCGACGAGGAUGUCUCAGAUGUCACCGAUAAGCUGGGAGUUCUGCUCUACGAGAUUGGAGAGCUCGAGGAUCUGUUUGUCGACCGCUACGAUCAGUACCGAGUGACGAUCAAGAGCAUUCGGAACAUCGAAGCGUCGGUCCAGCCCAGCCGAGACCGCAAGCAGAAGAUCACUGAUGAGAUUGCCAAGCUCAAGUACAAGGACCCCAGCUCCCCCCGCAUUGUGGUCCUGGAACAGGAGCUGGUCCGCGCCGAGGCAGAGUCUCUGGUUGCGGAAGCCCAGCUUUCCAACAUCACUCGGGAGAAGCUCAAGGCAGCCUUCCAGUAUCAGUUCGAUGCGCUGCGCGAGCACUGCGAAAAGGUCGCCAUCAUCGCCGGCUACGGCAAGCACCUGCUGGACCUGGUCGACGACACCCCCGUGACGCCCGGCGAGACCCGUCAGGCGUACGACGGUUACGACGCCAGCAAGGCGAUCAUCCAGGACUGCGAGGAGGCGCUGACCAACUGGGUCCAGUCCAAGGCGGCCGUCAAGCCUAGCCUCUCUACCCGGUCCCGCUCGCUGUCCCAGCGCGCCCGCGAAACCGCUGCCAAGAGCCGCGAGGGCGUCGAUCUGUCCGAGCAGGACCAGCCCAUGAACCGGGACCGGGACUCCUGGGUGCCCGCCGGCCAGCACCCCAAUUACCAGCACGAUGAAGAUGGCGAGGAAAUCGCCAGCACCGUGGACGGCGAGACCCGGGGUCGAGAAGAGACUAGAGAGCCUGUGUCUGUCUAA